AUGAUCGAGACAGAGGUCGUGGUCAGGACACGCGAGGCAAAGGCAAUGCGCCCAAAUCCAAUACGCAGUUUCCUGGAUCCUCAAAGAAAACCCCGUCACUCAAGAACCCACCCUCAACAAGCCAGCCUGCAAAACACCCCAAAGUUGCAGGGGUGCCCCGAGGCACGGCAGGCUUCCAAGCUGCGCGUGGUCAAAAGGGUAGCGACAGGGGUACAGGUAGAGGCGGUGGUGGAGCGAGAGAUAGAGGCAACGAGUGGGGAAGUACGCAAGACAGAGGCAAUUUUCCGCCACAAAGACAUCCACCACCAGCAGCAGGCCCAUCAUCUAGCUCAACUCCUAUCAGCCAGACUGCAAGAAACCCUUCACAAGGCCCACAAAUCAAUCCAGACGGGUGGCAGCUCGUCGCAGGACGACGUGGAAGCCGAAGAGGUGCAGGAAGAGGCGGGGAUAGCUCCGACGAUAAAGGUCGUGGUGGAGGUCGUGGCUGAGGGGCAAGUGGAAAUAGAGGCAGUGGCUAAGAAAGCCCACUGA